AUGGCGACCUUCACGAACGCCUGCGCCCCGUCCGCGCCUUCGUAUUUCUCUGCAACCGGAGGCUCGCCGCCGCGCAAUCACUACCGUCGGCCCUCGUUGAAGAAGACGCUCAUGCCCGUCUCGCCGGGCGUCUCGGCGCGGCGCACUCAUUGUCCAAGAGACGUCGACGCCUUCAGCUUCAAUCCCUCACAUCUGCCUGCAUGGAGCAUGCCGCAGGAUCUCUGGGAGAGCCUUCCUGACCGGUUGCGACCCCACAUGGUCAGCGUGCAGCACGCCGGAGCAGCUGUGCUCACUGGUUUUGAGCGGCUGAAAGAAAUCCGGACCACUCUGCUGUCCGACCUUGUGGAGCUGGACGAGCCGGAAGAAGACUGUGCCCCCACGGAAAACAAUUCUCGCACGGAAAAUGGGUUGGACGUUUUGCUCAGCAACAUGAACUUUGAUACUCUGGCCAAGGGUCCGCGCUCCCGGCACGACUCGCUUGCGACACCUGCGCUCUCCACACCGUCUCUUACUCCCUUGGGCAGCGAGGUCGCCAGUGACCGGUCUGCGGCCUCAUCGAUGCCCGGGACGCCGGGCAAUUCCUCACCGGUCACUCCCGCAACUCCUCCGACUACACUCUCUCCGUUCAGUUUCCCGGUCGACGAUAAAUCCGCUCAACAGUCCCACACGCCGCCGCCCACUUCUCCGACUUCACUAGCCUCGCCCAGCGCUCCUCCGGACACCGAGAUGCUAUGUUCGCCCAUCAACAGGCCUUCAACACCGAAUUCGGCCAACGUCUUGUCGCCGCUGCGUCCGUUCACCAACCCGCCGCGCCACCCGCAUGCUACGUAUUACGCCGCUGAGAUGGCGGAGCUACGGUGCGUGGCGCUGGUGCGGCUGCGGCACGCUGCGCGCCGGGUUGACGCCGAGUGGGGCGAAUGUAAGCGCGUGGGUGUCGUGCGUCCGUCCGAGCGCGACCCUGACGCACGGAUAGCCCAGGAGUUUGAGCUAUGGUGGGCAGGCAAGAAGGGAGCAAUUGGAGCGCUGGAAGAAAGGGUUCAUCGAAUUGAGAGGCUCGGCGUGGGCUUGAGCAGUCUCGUGUGA